AUGAUCAAAGCUUGGAAGAGAGUCAGUCCCUUUGGGGCUGCCCCGCUGACCGAGGGCUACGUGAUUUGUGAAGGAGACGAGAGAUCCGGACUCUCACGAACACAGUCUCCAUUAGAACUUUCCCUUUCGCAUUGGUCAGAGGUUCGGAAGAUCGCCAGCAACCUCUCCCUCGAGGUCCACAAGCGACCUUGGGUCACUUUUUGUUCCUCAGAAUGGCCCACUUUCGGGGACCCUAAGGCAAAUGUCCCCAAGGUUCUACCCCCUGGAGACGACCUCCUCCUGGAUUUGUUGACUGACGACUCCCGGUUGCCUCAGCCCCCACCCUACCCUGCCGAGGCCGGCCCUAGGGAAAGCGGGCAGCAGCCAGAUCCUUCCCCUAUCGCCACUAGAACAAGGAGAGACCAGAUUGGGACUUCACCACUGUGGAAGGGGGGUCGGGGUCAGGAGCCCCCCCCUGAACCCAGGAUAACUCUAGACGUAGGGGGGCAGCCGGUCACCUUCCUAGUUGAUACAGGAGCCCAACAUUCCGUCCUGAACCAUAACCCAGGACCCCUCAGUGACAAGUCGGCAUGGGUCCAGGGAGCCACCGGAGGACGGCGAUAUCGAUGGACUACCGAUCGGAAAGUCCACUUGGCUACCGGUAAGGUGACUCAUUCUUUUCUACAUGUUCCUGACUGUCCAUACCCCCUAUUGGGGAGAGAUUUGCUCCAAAAAUUGAAAGCCCAAAUUCAUUUUGAGGAAUCUGGGGUACGUGUAGCCGGCCCCAAAAAUCAACCUUUACAUGUGUUAACUUUGAGUCUGGAAGAAGAAUACAGGCUAUAUGAAAAUAACAAAAGGAAGGAACUCUCCCUUGACCCAGAAUGGAUAAAUGAUUUCCCUCAAGCAUGGGCAGAAACAGGAGGCAUGGGAUUGGCCAGACGACAGGCUCCACUGGUUAUAGCUUUAAAAGCCAAUACCACACCUGUCUCAAUUAAGCAGUACCCAAUGUCGCAGGAAGCAAGAACAGGAAUUAAACCUCACAUAAAGAGGCUCCUGGAUCAGGGGAUCUUAAAACCUUGCCAGUCCCCAUGGAACACCCCCUUACUCCCCGUCAAAAAGCCAGGGACAGGAGACUAUAGACCGGUCCAAGACUUACGAGAAGUUAACAAGCGGGUAGAAGAUAUACAUCCCACGGUGCCCAACCCAUACAACUUGUUAAGCGGACUGUCACCAGCCUAUUGUUGGUAUACAGUUUUGGACUUAAAGGAUGCCUUCUUUUGCCUAAGGCUCCACCCAGAUAGCCAGCCUAUUUUUGCCUUUGAGUGGAAGGAUCCUGAAUUGGGAAUCUCAGGGCAAUUGACCUGGACUAGACUCCCCCAGGGAUUUAAAAAUAGCCCUACCCUAUUUGAUGAGGCCUUACAUCGAGACCUGGCAGAUUUUCGGGUCCAACACCCAGCCUUGAUGCUACUCCAGUAUGUCGAUGAUUUGUUGCUGGCCGCGACAUCCGAACAGGAAUGUAGGGAAGGAACCAGAGACUUAUUACAUGCCCUCGGGACCCUAGGGUAUCGAGCCUCCGCUAAAAAGGCCCAAAUCUGCCGACAACAAGUGACCUACCUGGGCUAUCUAAUUAAAAAAGGAGAAAGGUGGCUGACGGAUGCAAGAAAAGAGACAGUCAUGAAAAUACCCGAGCCCCAGAACCCCCGACAGUUAAGGGAAUUUUUGGGAACGGCCGGGUUCUGCAGACUGUGGAUACCAGGCUUUGCCGAAAUGGCCAGUCCCCUAUACCCACUCACCAAACAGGGCACGAUGUUUGCCUGGGGAGAAGAACACCGGAAGGCCUUCCAGAACAUCAAAAAGGCCCUCCUAACAGCUCCAGCCCUAGGACUCCCAGACUUGACUAAACCCUUCGAUUUGUAUGUAGCCGAAAACAAAGGACACGCGAAGGGAGUAUUAACUCAAAGAUUGGGGCCUUGGAGGCGGCCGGUGGCCUACCUCUCCAAGAAAUUGGACCCGGUAGCCUCAGGGUGGCCACCCUGUCUCAGGAUGGUGGCCGCCAUUGCCGUCUUGGUUAAAGACGCCAGCAAGUUAACUUUUGGGCAAUCCCUGACUAUUCUGGCCCCGCACGCGGUGGAGGCACUAAUCAGGCAGCCGCCAGAUCGUUGGCUGUCCAAUGCCCGCAUGACUCAUUACCAAACUAUGCUCCUGGACACAGAUCGGGUCCGGUUUGGGCCCGUCACGGCCAUCAAUCCUGCCACGUUGCUUCCAUCGACGGAUGAGAAAGCGGCUCCCCACGAUUGUCUUGAGAUUUUAGCAGAAGUGCACGGGACCCGCUCCGACCUGACUGACCAACCACUCCAGGAUGCUGACUUUACCUGGUAUACUGAUGGGAGCAGCCUGGUGCUGAAUGGGGAACGGAAGGCGGGAGCAGCCAUAACCACGGAGACUGAGGUAAUCUGGGCAAGGACCCUCCCACCAGGGACUUCAGCACAGAGGGCAGAGCUGAUCGCCCUCACCCAGGCACUUAAGAUGGCAUGUGGAAAAAGACUCAAUGUAUAUACAGAUAGCCGAUAUGCCUUUGCCACUGCCCAUAUUCACGGGGAGAUAUACAGUCGACGAGGGCUAUUGACUUCUGAAGGAAAGGAAGUUAAGAACAAAAGGGAAAUUUUGGCCUUGUUGAACGCACUAUUCUUCCCUCGUAAGCUCAGCAUCAUGCACUGCCCAGGGCACCAGAAGGGAGACAGCCCUAUUGCCCGGGGCAACAGGAUGGCUGAUGAGACAGCCCGGAGGGCGGCUGUGAUCCCGGUCCCUACAUUCCCAGUCUCCGAUAAGGAGGCGCGGGCACAAUGGCUUGAGUGGCAGAGUGCUAGCAUUAAACCAGAAGACCAGAUAAAGAACUUCGCCCGGCAAGUAAUUGAACAGGUACACCAGCUGACGCACUUAAGCCCCAGAAAAAUAAAAGCCCUCCUUGAUCGGGACGAGAAAUUUUGUUAUUUUUUGGAUAAGGAAGAUAUUUUGCAAGAAAUAUAUAAUAGGUGCCGUGCAUGUGCCAUGGUAAAUGCUGGGAAAAUAAAACAAGGAUUAGGAAGAGUCCGAAUGAGAGGACAUCGUCCUGGAGUCCAUUGGGAAAUUGACUUCACUGAAAUCAAGCCUGGGCUUUACGGAUAUCAGUAUCUGCUGGUAUUCGUCGAUACUUUUUCUGGCUGGGUGGAAGCCUUCCCCACAAAGCAGGAAACUGCCAAAGUCGUCACCAAGAAACUACUGGAAGAAAUCUUUCCCAGGUAUGGCAUGCCUAAAUUUUUGGGGUCUGACAAUGGACCAGCCUUCGUCUCCCAGGUAAGCCAACAGGUGGCCAUGUUACUGGGGAUUAAUUGGAAAUUACAUUGUUCGUAUAGACCCCAGAGUUCAGGGCAGGUAGAGAGAAUGAAUAGAACUAUUAAGGAGACUCUAACUAAAUUAACGCUCGCAGCUGGCUCAAAGGACUGGGUACUCCUACUCCCUCUUGCCCUUUACCGGGCUCGUAAUACUCCUGGGCCCCACGGACUUACCCCCUUUGAGAUUCUCUACGGGGCACCCCCUCCCUCUGUUAGUUUUUAUAGUUCUGAUAUCUCCACUUUUGCUAACAGCCAAAAUCUUCAAGCCCACUUGCAGGCCCUACAGACCGUCCAGAGAGAGGUCUGGAAGCCACUCGCUGCCGCCUACAAGGAACAGUUGGAUAAACCUGUGGUACCACAUCAGUUCCAGAUCGGAGACUCUGUGUGGGUCCGGCGACAUCAGACCAAAAACUUGGAACCUCGCUGGAAAGGCCCCUACACUGUGCUCUUGACCACUCCAACCGCCUUAAAGGUAGACGGCAUAGCAGCUUGGAUUCACGCGUCUCACGCCAAACCUGCUUCUGCUGAAGAAACGACCCAGAAAUGGAGAGUCCAGCGCACUCAAAACCCACUCAAGAUAAGACUCUCUCGAACCUUAUAAUACUCAUUGUCUUUUUCCUAUGUCGGAUUGUACCUUUCUAUUGUUCUCCUCAUCA